AUGUGCCAUUUAUGUGUGGAGGCUGCAAUUCAAAAUAUCCAACAACUAUGUCAAUCUGAUAAUCGGGCAAUCAUAUGGUACGAUGAGUGCAUGUUACGAUACUCUGAUGCUAACUUCUUUGGAACUGCAGAAAUAGAUCCACUAGUUUUGAUGUAUAAUACCCUUAAUAUUAGUUCACCCAAUGAUACAAACGUUGACACACUUGUUUUAAUGCACGGUCUGGCAUCAGAGGCUGGGACGGAGCCGAUGAUGUAUUAUGCACAUAAAGAAUUACCUGCAACUAAUGUUGCACCGAAGAACGUAUCUCGGAUGGUGCAGUGUAGUAAAGAUAUAAGUGGUGACGAAUGUAAAAAUAACUGUUUGGGGAAGCUGAUUAAGUAUGCCGAGACAUGUUGCCAAUCGAAGAGCGGGUGGCGUAUAUUGGCACCCAGUUGUAAUGUGAGGUAUGAGGAGUAUUUUUUCCUUACGCCAUCCGUGCCUCCACCGGUGCCUCCGCCCGUGCCUCCACCUGCGCCUACUACUACAAGCAAAGUUCUUCAAGGGAUGAGCCAAGAAAUUUUGUUAAACAAAUUGGAAUCUCAAACAAGGAAGCUAUUCAUGGUGAAUGGGUUGGAAGUUCAGGAUGAAGAUGACAGCAGAGAUAUGCAUUACUUCGACCUAAAUACUUUACAGAAUGCUACAAACAAUUUCUCUGAAGCAAAUAAGCUUGGAGAAGGUGGUUUUGGUCCUGUCUACAAGGGAAAGCUUCAUGAUGGGAAAGAAAUAGCUGUUAAAAGAUUAUCAAGCAACUCUGGGCAAGGUCUUGAAGAGUUCAGGACUGAAGUCAAGUUGAUGGUAAAACUUCAACACAGAAAUCUUGUGAGACUCUUAGGUUGCUGCAUUGAGAAAGAUGAAAAGCUUCUAGUCUAUGAGUAUAUGGCCAACAUUAGUCUUGAUGCCUUCCUCUUCGAUUCUACAAAAUGUAAGGAACUAGACUGGGCUAAGCAAGAAAAUAUAGUCACUGGAAUAGCUAAGGGACUUUUGUAUCUGCACGAGGACUAUCGGCUCAAAAUCAUCCAUAGAGACAUGAAAGCUAGCAAUGUUUUAUUGGACGAUGAGCUGAACCCAAAUAUAUCAGAUUUUGGCACCGCCAGGAUAUCUUAUGGUAACCAAAUUGAAGCCAGCACCAACAAAAUUGUGGGUACAUAG